CAUUUGGUCGUGGAGUACCUCGACGGUCGGGCGUUAGACAGUUGUUGGAAUAGUAUUACACUCUUCUCCAAGCUUCAUAUUGCUUGGACCCUGCGCAGUUACGUUGCUCAGCUUCGUUGUUUGCGGAGAACUGUUCCAGGGACUCUAGAUGGCUCGUUGUGCACGGUACCACUCUUCGCCGAUUAUGGCGGCGGCCCAUUCAUAUCUUACGACGAUUUGACGACAUGGUUUAAUCACAAGCUCGACGUAUCUCAGCGGAUGAAGAAAGCGCCUCUCGAUACUCCCCCGGUGGUCUUCACACAUCAGGACUUGUGUCCCAGGAACAUUUUGUUGGGGCGCGACGGCAAACUGUAUUUGCUGGAUUGGCAUAGAUCUGGGUUUUUCCCCGCUUGGUUUGAGUACGCCGCCAUGGUCUCUAACCAACACUUCGAAUCACUAUUAUGGGAUAUUCUGGUUCCUUGGGUCUCACACAUUAAUUCUAGUGAGUCGUUUUCCGUCACAGAGUCAUCGUAA